CCGAAGCACCCCUUCCGGGAUUGUCCCCAGGGCUGGAAGAGUCCUUACAAAGCGUUUUCUCUAAUCUGAUUCUCCCAUUAACAGCGGACCAACCUUUCUAAAGCGAAGCCAAGUUGGCAAAUUGCAUUAUAUAUAAUACAUUAUCUUCUUUUGGGACUCACAACCACCCAACCGGGAGGCUUACAAGUUUCCGGCAAACAGGAGACCAGAGGCAGAAAGUGACCCAGCCAAGAUCACCCAGCAAAUAGCAAAUCUCCUCCCACUCCCCCACGUUCCGCCCCCCGCCCCCUCUUGUCCUCCCCCCGCCCUUCUCCCCCCGCACCCCCCCACCCCCCCCGCUGGGCCGCUCGGGCUCGCGCGCUGGGAGCGGGUGCGGAAAGAUGUCGGACGCGGCUGUGGCGGACACUCGGCGCCUUAACUCGAAGCCUCAGGACCUGACGGACGCCUACGGGCCGCCAAGCAACUUCUUGGAGAUCGACAUCUUCAACCCGCAGACAGUGGGCGUGGGUCGAGCGCGCUUCACCACAUACGAGGUCCGGAUGCGGACAAACCUACCCAUCUUCAAGCUGAAGGAGUCAUGUGUGCGGCGACGCUACAGUGACUUUGAGUGGCUAAAGAAUGAACUGGAGCGGGACAGUAAGAUUGUAGUGCCACCGCUGCCUGGGAAAGCCUUGAAGAGGCAGCUCCCCUUCCGAGGAGACGAAGGCAUCUUUGAGGAGUCCUUCAUCGAGGAGAGGAGGCAGGGCCUCGAACAGUUUAUUAACAAAAUCGCCGGGCACCCAUUGGCUCAGAAUGAGCGCUGCCUACACAUGUUCCUGCAGGAGGAGACGAUCGACAGGAACUACGUCCCUGGGAAGGUGCGCCAAUAGGAAAGCCCUCUGGCCACCUGCCUUCCGCCUUCCUGGCAAAAUGACACUGAUUUUUACACUAAGCCUCUCUCUCUCUUGAUCUGCAGUGGCUGUCGUCCCCCGGCCUGUCUGUCUGCCAUCGUUCUCCCUGGCACUUGGCCAUACUGUGGGCACUCUUCUAAGAUCCUCCUCUCUAAAGAGAGGUGGGAAGCUGCGGGCAGAGGUCCUGGGCUUUUAGGGGGAGGGGUCAGGAAUUGGACUGAAAGGCACUUGUUUGGGCUUCCUCUUGGGCAACAAGGCUAGCCUGGGGGGCUGGUGCUUCAGUGGCACUAGGCCAAACAGGUCAGCGAUGCUGUGAGUCUAAGGGAGGUUCCCCACUCCAAAGUUUAACCUGGAACUCUGAGCAGGGAGCACCCCUGCCCCUUCUACCUGCAUGGAACCUUCCUUUUGCCCUGUAGUGGGAUGGGAGACUCCCGUGGGCUCUCCCAAUUUUCUCUCUUCCUCUCCCCACUUCUCUCUACAUUUUCUUGGUUCCCUUUCCCACUCUUAUGUUGCUAUCUGGGGCAGUCAUCAACCUGAAAGCCAAGCAGCCAGGCCCGUGGAUUCGCUGGGCCUGUCGUUACUUAGGUGCCUCAGAGUCGCUAGAGACUUCUGGGGAAGCAGAGAGGUCCCCGCUGGCUUUCUGCCACUCUCAGGGCCCCUAGCUGCUUCCCGGGCCUGGCUGGCUUUUCACUGUCUGUCCUUAAUUGAGCAGCGAGGGUCAGCAGCCCUUUUCCUGAACCUGGUAGAAGCGUGGGUUGCCUUGCACAGUUGGUGGCUCAUGGGCGAUGGUGCAGAGUGAGAACGGUUUCUCGUCUCCGAGACUCCCAGUGGCCAAAAAGGACACCCUCCUACUCUCCUUCCUCUCCGAAAUCUCACGCCACUUUUUGUUCCCAAAGGGCAGAGCUACUUGAACGGAUAAUGUAGUCUGACUUCCAGCAAGCACUUUGAGCUGGUAAAUGGGGCUGAGGGCAAAAACUUGUCAUCCUCGCCCCCGCUUUGGUCACAGGGUCAUUGAGCUUUCUGUACCUGGUUCUUCACGGACCACCGGUGGUUCCUCUAGAAGCUGGCCUGGGGCUGGGAGCUGGCUUGGGAGUUGCCCUAGCCUUUAGUACAAAGCAGCUUCCAGGAGCUACCCUGGGCACCGGGCUGAAAUGCAGCCUGUUGUCUGGCCCCAGAGUAGGAAGCAUCAAUAGGAGGACCUUCCCUGGAUCCCUUCAGAAACCUAGGCUCCCCAUCAUAGUAAGAUGUCAAGGGAAGGGAGGGCUAGCCUGAUCUGGGGAGGGAGGAUUGGGUCCCGGCUUGGGAUCGGGAGCUUGUCUGGAGUCCAAAGUGCCCCCAGGACAGAGGUCGGCUCUAGUUAGUGAGGCUGUGCCCAGGAGCAGCUCCCAGAGAGAGGCUCUGUUUCCUUUCCCACCUUGCUAAUGUUGUUGUUGUUGUUGAACUAUCUGCUUCCUUUUUUGAGCUGUAGCUUCUGGUCUGUAUUUUUUAAGACAUUCCUUCAGCAUGCACCAGUGCUGAGAGUCUGAUGCCCCAUCUCUGCUGUGUAUAUAUCCUACCUUGGGAGUUCCGAACUUCUGUCAGACGAUGUCAUAUCCAACUUCUGUUCAUAUUAAACCACUGUGAAGCAA